GUUCGGGGAGAGACAAUGAUCCCGACGACGACACGAACCAAUCUUGAAGAAUCGAAGAGGUCUCGUGCCUUGCUCAAUCACAUCGAUGGCGUGACAAUUCCGAAGACGAUCAGAGAUGCUGUGCUAUUCGUCCAGCAGUUAGGACGGAGAUACCUGUGGGUCGAUAUUCUCUGUAUCAUACAGGAUGCCCCCGAAGAAGAGAUGAACAUGAUGUUAAUACAAUGCCUAUAUCUAUGACAGUACCGAU